GAGGUUGUGAGCUGCGGUGUCUGCGCAGCAUCGGCGGUAGUGGGGGCCGCGGCCAGGCGGGCGGGAGGCAGCUCGGGCCUAGCGGUGGGCCGCAGCCGAACGUCGUCUGGGCACUGUCCGUCGCCGAGCCACACGCCGUGCCGGCUCGGGCCGGCGCGCGCCGGUCCCGGAGGCGCAGGCCACCCCCUGUACUGUUCAGUACCUGUGAACUGAUGGUGGUUGUGAAAUUGUGAUCCUCUUGUCUCUACCUCCCAAAUACAGGCGUAGGCCACUGGACCCAGAUAGAGUUCUUGAAAUCAUGAAUCCUGUUUAUAGCCCUGGGUCUUCUGGGGUUCCCUAUGCAAAUGCCAAAGGAAUUGGAUAUCCAGCUGGUUUUCCUGUGGGCUAUGCAGCAGCGCCUGCCUAUUCUCCUAACAUGUACCCUGGAGCGAAUCCUACCUUCCAAACAGGCUACACUCCUGGCACACCUUACAAAGUGUCCUGUUCCCCAACCAGCGGAGCUGUGCCACCAUACUCCUCCUCCCCCAAUCCUUACCAGACGGCUGUGUACCCAGUGAGAAGUGCCUACCCCCAGCAGAGCCCGUAUGCCCAGUUGUCUCUGUUUUCUCCACAGCAAGGCACGUACUAUACACAACCUCUGUAUGCAGCACCUCCUCAUGUCAUUCACCACACCACGGUGGUGCAGCCCAAUGGCAUGCCAGCAACGGUCUACCCUGCUCCCAUCCCGCCUCCUAGAGGCAGCGGGGUUACCAUGGGCAUGGUUGCUGGGACCACGAUGGCCAUGUCAGCAGGUACCCUGCUGACUGCUCAUUCUCCAACUCCUGUAGCCCCUCACCCGGUCACUGUCCCCACGUACCGAGCCCCAGGAACACCCACCUACAGCUAUGUGCCCCCGCAGUGGUGAUUGCCCUGCAAAUUAAUAUUUGAGGAUGGAGCUGUGCAGUCACUUCAUUGAGUUUCACAGCUGGUGCUGCAGGCCUUGUGCCUCCAACCAGGACUUUCUUCUUAAUGCUCCGACACUUAGCUAAACACGACUGCGUCCCAGCCCAGCAGGUCCCAGCUCGCUAGUCUCCAGCUAACUCUGUGGGUUGGUUUUAAAGCAAAUCCUGUUUUGUGGACUGCCUGGCAAAUUUUUUAGCUAACUGUAAUGAUAAAAAAGGGAGUAUUACUCUAUUCUGAAUCAUAUCUAGUUGAAUGCAUGUUUAUCAAAACAAAAACAAAGCUUGCUCAAUCUACCUGCAGUGACUGAUGCAAAACCAUCAUAUGCAAAACCCAAAGGACUGGACCGUGUUCACAGCCUGUUACUCACGCACUUCUCUGAUGUAUGCUGAGUCUCAGUUACACUUGUGCAAGGGAUGUCCUCACGGGAGUGUGAGGAGUACUGGAGGGCACUCCUAGGGUGCUGGGGUUGCCAGUUAUGGACACAGACUUGUAGCUUUCAGCAGCCUGUUUUUUUGGCACUGACUGACUGAUCCUGGAGGGAGCUGCAGGGACUGGGGGAGAGAGAGAGAGAGAGAGAGACUGAGCUCCAGAUAGCAGCAGCAGGGAUAGUGGGGCCCCCUCUCCUUCAUUUCAGCUAGAGUGUGCUCUGGGAAGCAGGGAUCUACCUGACGCUUAUCAGGAAAUAGAGGAGCUUGGUGACCAGUCCAGCAGGGGUGAAGAAUGGUCUAUAUGUCAGAGCAGUGUCUGCCAUCUGAGUUUCCGCUGUAUGUCUUACAUGAUGAUGUUUUGUGUAUCUGUUGGGACUGUUGGAAAAGUCCAUUGUAGAAGUAAAUUGUCUUCCUAGGAGGGAAGAUGUCAAAGAGAAGCAGCCACACUGAGGCAGUGUUGCCUUUUGCUUUAUUUUGCUUAGGGAACCAUUCCUUUUUUCCUCUGAGAAUAAUUGCGUCAGCUAAAGACACAGGCACUGCUGUAUUCUCCCACAAAGACUUCAGCUCUGUGCUGUGGAGAGUGUUGUACAUUUAAGACUGGUUACAAGGGAAUACGUGUAUUUUUAGUUCUCAUGUUUCUUGUAGAGAAGCAGGGCUGUGAUUAUGUCUAAAAAUGUAGAGAUGAUGUAGCUUGACUUGGGGUCUUUGACCUGAGGAUGACCUGCCCUCUGUGACUAGUGGGGUGAGGCUAGGGAAGCCUGCAUAAUGGCACUCAGUACCAAGCAGAUGUGGAAAGCAGAAAGGAAGGGCCAGGCAGUUGAGGAAUGCGCUUGCCUGGAAGACUCUAUGGUGGGAAAGAUUUUGAGUGUGUACAUAAGAAAUCACGAGGGUUCUUUUUGCCUGAUUAUGCCCCACCUGAAUCUGUGAGAGUGUUUUGUUCAGUGUGGGUCAGAGGGGCAGGGCAUGAGGACCUCUCUGGGGUCUUGUCAAUUGGGGGUGUGCUUUUUAUCUUUUUUUUUUUUUCAACCCCAUUGAAUUGCUGGGGCUUUGGUUGGAAGAGGUGCUUGUCUCUGGCAGCUAAGUCGGGGCUUCUGUGUUGUGUGGAGGUCGCCUCAGUAGCAGUCAGCUUGGCCAGGGUGGGUCACCUGAAUAUUGAACCUUUUGUGACCUUAUUUUUAUAGUAAUGCUCUCCAUAAUUUUUUUUUUUUUUUAGCAUUUUAUUUUUUGAGAAGUUUAGGAAGAUAUUUGCAUGGAUCAGUGUGAACAGAAGGUUCCUCAUUCCUUAUGUCCAUGAACAUAGAAUGUUUAUGGAUAAGUAUGUUUAAUUGCCUCAUGAGCACUUAAGUGUGUGGUGUGUGUGUGUUUGUGUGCGUGUGUGCUUGAGUGUGGGUGUGCAUGGGGAGAGGGGUAGUACAAGAAAGCACACACUGCACAGAAAUAGAAACAUUUGCCGUGGCACAUAGCCUACAUCCGUACCUCCAUGUUGGGAUUCCCAUCCCUGGGGUGGAUGAUGUGCAGUGUUGGUAGCUCCAAGGUUUCCCUGGACUCAACAGACCAGAAGGUUGUCUCCCAGGUGAAUAAUCACAGAUCAGAACAAAUGUACCUGUGAUUUCACAUGUGUUUGAAAAAGCCCCCUUACCCACCCCCAACUAAACAUAGCUAUCUCCCUGCCAGGAAAGGGUGUAGUUUUUUGCCUACAGCAGGAAGUUACCAAGUCUUAGGGCCUGCUUGCAGCUGCACACAGUGUGUGUUUCCACAGGCCCCAAGUUCUCAGGAGAGAGGGGUUGCUGCCCUCCUACUGAUCCCGUCAGCUUCCCACACUUGCCCUGGAACUGUUUCAUUGGAGUGACUAUCAAACAGCUCUGUAUUCUACAACUCGCCUGUGUGGAAGUCUUUUCUGUUUUGAAGCUAUCAGGUCGUCACUAUGGAAUCUGCUGGUGAAAGAUCUUACCAGGUGAAAAUCUGGGCCUAUGGAUAGGAGUGAACUGUCACAGGUGGUGACUUUAACAACAUUCAGUUUCAGUAAAAUUAAGGAACAGAAUUGGGUCAGUAUUCUAUUAUAUAGCUGCACAGUUAUUCCAAAACAUUAAGUAACAUUCCAAGAAAGUGUGCUUUCUAUGGGUGUGACAUUCCUGACUGGAGUCCAUCAGCUGAAUUGACAGGCAAGCAGAGACUCUGAUACUUAUGAACAUUGACAUCAUUAUUGUUUUCUGCUGCCUUCUCUGAGGCUAGGGAGCUUCCUUCCUCUGCUGCUGCUCUUUGCAGUUUAGAGCUGUGGAGUAUUGGAACCUGUGAGCUCCUUGACUCUCAAGAAGCCCACCAGCAGGAUUGGGCCAGUUAGGCUACAGGCAUGGAAGCGGCCUCUGGAACUGUUGUCUGUUGUGUUGUGGUCUUCCUCAGAAGAACUGUUGGGUGGCUUUUGGUUACCAGUUGCCAUUCUGGGUAGCAGCUUGUGUUUUGCAGAGACAGUGUUUCCUGCAGGUGGGGAGGUUCCCAGUUCUGGAUUGGUUGUUAAGGGUCCUACCUUUCUUCAGUCAUGCACCUGGUAUCUUACUGCAUCUGGUUGUGUUGUUCUGAUGUGAAAAGAGGCUGAAAGAGCAGACUGGGUGUUUUGUGGUACAGUUUGAGCCUAAACAUUGGGGCUGCUUCAGAUUUCCUCAGUUCUCCUGAAUAUUGGAGUAUAGUAUUACUGUGGGGCCACCUCUCAGCAGCUGCCAUCUGUACUCAUGUACCUGGCGCAGGACCUCCCAGGGUGCAGUGGCAACUGUGGCAGCUACUGGUUCUUUCCGCGGGUGCUGAGGGUUGCGGAGGGCAGGUGUGCAGCAGAGCACACUCUCAAGUCCAGCACACCUCCCAGGUCUUUGUAUUUCCUGAGUUGCAUCCUCCUGCCCAGUCUUCUGUGUUGGAUGGCGUGAUGAUGUGGUCUCAGUAGGGACAGUCACAUUAUUCCCCAUGUCUUAAAGGAUUCUUCUCUUCCCUACGUCUCCCUGUGCAUGUGAAGAACAGAAAGCCUGUGGAAUAAAUCUAGAACUGUGGCAUGGGAGGCAGCAGCUGUAAUGAGAUGUGAGGGCCCGGUGGGUAUCAGGCAGUUCCCAGGGAAGGGCAGUGGGUGGGUCUGGUGCAGACUGUAGGCAGUAUAAUAGACCAGUUAGAUCAGGCGGGGACUGGUUCCCGGCAGGGUUAUUGUGGCAGCUGGAGGCCCCAAGGAGCCUGGUAGGCUGGGACUGGGGAUUGAACAGAAAAGGCUCUUCUUUUUUUAAACUUUUGUUUUUAAAUACUCUUUUUUACACUGUUGUUGGUACUUUUUUUAUGCUUAAGUCAGCAUUGUCUUCCAGUGUUAAAGGCAUCCCUUGCCUCUUCAUGGAACUUAUGUGUCAAAACAAAGGAAAGGGCAGAUUGUCCAUCCAAGCCAGUUCAAUUAGAUGUAAAUUCAUACUGUUUUAAUUUUUUAUGCAAUCUGAUGAGUAGAUGAGCUCAGAUUUAAAAUCCUUAAAAGCACGUUUAUUGUAACCAGAAUUGUUAUGUAAUUAAUACUGCAGUUUUCAAUAAAGAUUGACUUGUGUUGCA